AUGAAGUUCACGUCUGCAAUAGUAGCAAUAUCUCUCCUAUUCGGCGUGGCAACUGCAAUCCUCGGUGGACAAGUCGUUCCGAUCGGUAAAAAGACAUACACUGUCGGCCUUCGCUCCUCCGCCAACAGCGCAUCGUUUUGCGGUGGUGCCCUUGUCUCCCCCACCCAUGUGCUCACUUCUGGGCAUUGUGAAUGGAGACAGGUCAGCUACGUAACUAUUGGCUCCCACUACAUCAACGGUUCGGAACAUGGAGUGCCAGGCGACGGCGAGCAGAUCAAAAUCGCCGAGACUUAUUUGCACCCGAAGUUCAACAUCAACGUUACAAACUCGCCCUGGGAUUUCGCAAUAUUAAAGCUUGAACGAGCCAGCAAAUAUACCCCAGUCAACUUCCCAAACAACGCAGACGGCAAGAAAGGGGAAUGGGCAACCACUAUGGGGUGGGGUGUUGCCUCCUACCCAAACGGGACCUGGUCUCUAGAACUUAGAAGCGUGGCGUUGCAAGUGUGGGGGGAUAAGGAGUGCGCCGAUGUAUUCACCGACAUUUCUUUCCCUUCAGAAAUGUGUGCUGGUGGUGUCGCAGGCAAGGACGCUUGUGCUGGCGACAUGGGCGACCCGUUGAUCAAGGAGAACAAGGAGGGAGAUGCAGAUGACGUUUUGAUUGGCGUGAAUAGUGCUGGCUACGGUUGCGGUACAGGGGGAGUCCCUAGGGUGUACUCGCGAGUGUCUGCUGCACUUCCGUGGAUUAACCCCAUCAUCAAUGGGAACUAGUUCUACAAGUGAAAGAAAUUGAUUCCGUGGAAUACCAGUUCGAGACAAGUUUGUUAGCGUUUACAUUAUUUGAAAACUAAAACAAAACUAGAACAUUGGAUCGAAUGUUACAUUUUAAGCGGU